CCGCUUUAUACUCCUUCCCGUGCACUCGUUCAAAACUGCACCCUUCUAGCACACUGGCAACUCCCCCCACCCGUCGCCUUUCUAUUAAGUCAGGCCCACUCUGUCGGCCGACAAUGGUGACUAGGCUCCCUUCCGGUUUGCUAAGAGGAGGCCGGAAGUGUUGGUUUUAGGGGGCUCUGGGAGUAGAAGGGUGUUGAUAGCAGCAGCCUGGGCAGCGAGGGGGUUACCGAAGUGCUCGGAUUUUCGCGGCUGUGCAGGGAUUUAAACGCCACCAUGUCGAGCAAAAGGGCAAAGACCAAGACUACCAAGAAGCGCCCCCAGCGCGCAACAUCCAACGUGUUCGCCAUGUUUGACCAGUCACAGAUUCAGGAGUUCAAAGAAGCCUUCAACAUGAUUGAUCAGAACAGAGAUGGUUUCAUUGACAAGGAAGAUUUGCAUGAUAUGCUUGCUUCCCUAGGGAAAAAUCCAACUGAUGAGUAUCUGGAUGCCAUGAUGAAUGAGGCUCCCGGGCCCAUAAAUUUUACCAUGUUUCUCACUAUGUUUGGUGAAAAGUUAAAUGGCACAGAUCCGGAAGAUGUCAUCAGAAAUGCUUUUGCUUGCUUUGAUGAAGAAGCAACUGGCACCAUCCAGGAAGAUUACCUGAGAGAGCUGCUGACAACCAUGGGAGAUCGGUUUACAGACGAGGAAGUGGAUGAGCUGUACAGAGAAGCGCCUAUUGACAAAAAGGGAAAUUUCAAUUAUAUUGAGUUCACGCGCAUCCUUAAACAUGGAGCAAAAGACAAAGAUGACUGAAGACUUCAAAUUCCAGCCAAACGUUCUUUGUUGCCACUUUGGGUAUUUCUGAGACUUUCUUAGAGUCUGUUGCAUGCCCUUAGCUUUGCAGCUUUUGCCUUUCUUGUAUUUAUUCUCAGCCAUUUUGGGCACAUGCAUCUCUAUAAUCAGACUGGAAAUGGGACUUUUUAUGAUUUUCAGAAUAGAAAAUAGGGCAAUUUAACUUACCAGCCCCCUCCCAAAAUAACUGCAGUCUACACAGUCAGUAUAUUUUUUCAGAGAAAGUUAUUCACUCAGUUUUUUCUGAACCAUAAUUAAACUUUAUGAUAAAAACUUA